AUGCCAUUGACCCGAUCGACAAAGAAAUUCCUGCAGGUUGGUAGUGAGUUCGGGCAACAUGGAAUGAUUCGGUGGUUUAAGAACUCUCGUUUGUAUGGGUGUUCGGUGCGGGAUACAUGGAUUCAAUCACCCAAGAAACUUCCCGAAAAUGUAGUGGAAUUGAGAUGGGAUGGCUCAAAGAAACCCGUGUUUUGCUUUACUCAUCAAGUGGAUCUGUUUGACGGAGAACAAGUUGAAUGGCAAGAACAACAACCACAACAAAUUGAUUAUUUCCUGAAAAUGGAAUUUGAUCGAGCUCGAAAGGCGGUCGUUCAAAUGAAAGCUCAACGUCGGCGAGAAAUUCGUGAAAUGAGAAGACAAAGCAAAGGAUCGAGAUCUCCAUCUCAUUCAAGCCAUUGCAAAUCUUCAUCACCGACUCCAUCACAAAACUCGAUUCAAUCAAAGUUGAGGCCAAAAAGGAGA